CACACACACACACACCCUCGUGGGGCUGGCUUAUAUGCGGAAGCCUCAGUUCCGCUCUCUCCACUCCUCUUGGAAACUGACAAGCGACGGACCGAAGUCUCGCUCCUCACCCAGAGCCCGAGCACCGGACCCGGCUACACGAGCGAGGUGAAUCAUGAGCAGCAGCUACAGCGUCUCCCUGGCUGGCCCCGCCCCCUGGGGCUUCAGACUGCAAGGGGGGAAAGACUUCUGUCUGCCCCUCACCAUCUCACGGCUGACCGAUGGCGGCAAGGCGAUCCGAGCCAACAUGAGCGUCGGAGACAUCAUUCUCUCCAUCAACGGCAUCACCACAGACCGCAUGAAUCACCUGGAGGCCCAGAACAAGAUCAAGGCCUGCACAGGCAAUCUCAGCCUCUCUCUCCAGAGAGCCUCCAGUGUCCCGAAAAAUGGCGCGCCUAAGGAUGAACCUCAGGAAAUCAUUAAGCCUGUCCCGAUCACUCACCCUGCUCCGAGUUCCACGUACACCAAGCCAUCGUUUCAGGCAAGCCCCGCCUACAACAAGACGGCUCGGCCCUUCGGGGGGGGCACCUCUUCCCCGGUCGCCUCCAAAGUAGCCACCAUUCCCUCCGAGUCGUCCGCUUUCACGCCUGCCGCCCCUUCCCAGCCACCGCAGCCACCGCAGCCUCCCUUUCCACUCAAGUCCAGCCACCCUGCUCCGACCUCAGCUCCAGGGGUUCGCUCCACCCUCACCUCCCCGAGCGCCUCUUCCUCCUCCUCGUCUAACUCCUCAUCCCCUGCCAGAGUGACAGCCCCCUCCUCCAAUCCCACUGUGCCGCAGCCCUCCGUCUAUAACACGCCGAUCAGCCUCUACUCUAACGCCAACGCCUGUGAGGUGGCUAUGGGCCAGAGACGAGGUCUUUUGGAGAGCCAGGGUCUGUCAGAGCACUUCAACGGGAAACCUGUUGUAGUGGCUGAGAUUCCCGUGUCCCCGGCGAGCGAUUCCAGCAAGAAGCGUCUGAUUGAGGACACGGAGGACUGGCACCCCCGAUCGGGCACCUCCCAGUCCCGCUCCUUCCGUAUGCUGGCCCAGCUCACCGGCACGGAAAACGAGGAAGUUCCGGAGAACAAUGGAAAGAAUGAGUUCUUCGACCAAGCCUCUCCCGCUGUGCACACGUCGCCGGCAACAAAAACAUUUUCCAAAUCUGCAGCAGCUCCCAGGAACGGCAACGUUGGACCUGCGUCCACAUUCAAGAGCCCCCCCGCCAUGAACAAGCCCCUGCACCAGUCUGGAGCUCCACCAGGUUUUCCAAAGGGUGGAGCCGCUCCAUCGUUUGGCAAAGUGACCGCUCAGGCUCCCAAGGGUCCGGACCGCCCCACCCCACAGCCGCAUCCGGAGGACCUCAACCCUCUGGUGCAGCGGGCCGAGCACAUCCCGGCCGGCACACGCACCCCCAUGUGCAACAAGUGCAACAAAGUCAUCAGGGGCCCGUUCCUCGUGGCCAUGGGCAUGUCGUGGCACCCCGAGGAAUUCAACUGUGCUCACUGCCACUCCUCGCUGGUGGACCGAGGCUUCGUGGAGGAGAAGGACCACGUGUACUGCGUGCACUGCUAUGAGCAGUUCUUCGCCCCCACCUGCUCUCACUGCACCCAGAAGAUUUUGGGGGAGGUCAUGAAUGCCCUGAAACAGACCUGGCACGUGUCCUGUUUCGUCUGCACUGCCUGCCAGCAGCCGAUCAGGGGCAACACGUUUCACAUGGAGGACGGACAGCCCUACUGCGAAAGAGACUUCUAUAACCUGUUUGGGACCAACUGCCACGGCUGCGAUUUUCCCAUCGAGGCAGGAGACAAGUUCCUGGAAGCUGUCGGAUUCACCUGGCACGACACCUGCUUUGUGUGCACGGUGUGCUCCGCUAAUCUGGAAGGUCAGGCGUUCUUCUCCAAAAAGGACAAGCCCCUGUGCAAGAAGCACGCCCACACUGUCAACCUCUGACCUGCCUCUGUGGACCUGAGCGGGACAGGACAGGCCAGUGGCCCCAGUUUAUACAGCAAUUUAUAUUCCAGCCAGAUCUUAAAUAUUUUCAGAAAUAAAACUGAUUCAUCUGUUUUUAUUCUGUAAGAAUUUCACUGGGUCCAAGAUCCCAGUGUAAGGUGUUUUUUUUUGCUCUGGUAUUGAUAUCGUUUUCUUCAUUUCAUCCAACUUUAUGGGAUGAUAUUGCAGGUGUAUAUUUGAAAACACUGUUUGCCCCGAACACCAGCUCUUUAUCAAGUAGAUUCUUAUCACAUGUGUUUGAGCUGGACUUUUUUUAUUUGUAUGGGUGGUGCGUUUUUAAGCUCUUGAUGUCAUUUUCUUUUUUUGUAAUAACACAGAAUAGAAUACAUGUAUUUUUCUGCAAUGAUCUACUGAGCCCCUCAGGGGUCACAUAUUUGAAAAGCAUUUGACGUGUCUUUCCACAUGCAAGAUUUAGAAAUUAGGAUUAUUUAAGGGAAAACAUAUAUUUAUUGUCAAUGUGUUGUGGCAACAAAAAGAGAAAAGAAGCCAUUGGAAUGAAAAAUGGUAAAUUCUAUUGGGCUACAAUUAUUUUUUUACUGUUUUAAAUGAAUAUAUAUUUUAAUAAUUCCCAGUAAAUGGAAACACAAAUUAGUAUUAUGUAAUUAAAAGACCAAUCAAGUUGUUUAUGUAAAUUUUCUAAGUCAGGAUCAACAAGGUUAGUGAAUUGGCUUGUAGUGAAUAGCCACAUGAAAAUGUUCCUCCUCACAUUACAUUGCAAUUAAUUUAAAUUCAGUAUUGAUCUGAGCUAAUGUCUUAUUGAAUGUUGUUGUUUUUUUACUUUGAGGACAUGAACCCUCCACUUUGGCCGCGUGUUCACCACAUUUUACUCAUCAGGACCUUGUCAUGUUGUAUUCACUCUCACUGAUUAUGUUUUUCGUGUUAGAAUUCAGUCAAUUAACACAAAACUAUUUUAAUAUAUAGCUGCUGUCAGCUUUCAUUUUGUCUUACACAGUUUCUAUGUGUAGUUAAAAAAAAACUGUUUGUUUUUGUAAUGGAUAUUUUCUCUCUGGACACUGUGCAUAAAUAAGCACUUCUCUUCUUAAUUUUGCUUUAAAUAAAAGUGGUCCAAAGUGGACAUCACCAACAAA